CGACAGUUUCAAAAAUGGUGAUUCGUGCAGAUCAGCAGAAUGGUGUCCUCGAUUUAUCAGGGAGCACGUUCUCUCUCCGACGAUCUGUGGUGUGUCCUCCACGAAAAGCAUGUACCCGGUGGCUUGGAAACCCAAAUACUUUUUGUUCUCUGCCGUCCUAUACGUAUGCAGUUUAGACAUAGUACUGGGUGGCAUGUGUUGGGGAUCGAUGGGUAAAAAUGGCCUUUGCAAGAACUUGUUGGCUGAACGCUUUUCGAAAGAAGAGUGCUGCAAGUUGGGUGGCAGUUCCGUUUCCACUUCCUGGAGCUCAACUGACUUGGAUCCCGGGGCGCUGUUUUUCUGGACCGUCUUGGGCGACGGCGUGCCGUGCGCAAAGUGCAAAGGAUCAUGCACGGACGUGGAAUGCGUUACUGGCAAGAAGUGCGUUAUGCACUCAGGCUCACCAAAGUGCAUUUGUUCACCCAACUGUAAGCAACACGACGGAUUGAAGGUCAAGGGUCCAGUGUGCGGUACGGACGGCGUUUCAUACAAGUCGCACUGCAGACUGAAAAAGAGAUCGUGUCGUACCAAAGACCAAUCGUUGUUAGUUGACUACCACGGCCUGUGUCAGAGUUCAUGCAAUAAAGUCACCUGCCCGGAAGGCAAAUACUGUCUACAGGACCAGAACCUGAUGCCGCACUGCGUCAAGUGUGUAACUGUCUGUCCUCCAGGCAUGUCAUCGUCCGGCCAGGUGUGUGGGUCCGAUGGCAGGACGUACCAAAGCGCGUGUCAUCUGCGCGAAGCCGCCUGCCACGCAGGCAACGCCAUACCGAUAGCGUACAAGGGGCUUUGCAAGGAAUCUGCCACAUGCGCUACGGUGAGGUGCAAUAGCGGUCAGAAAUGUCUAGUCGAUAAAAAGACCGGACGUCCGAGGUGCGUGACGUGCAACAUGUCGUGCCCCAAACCUGUACCUUCGGAAAAGCUCAAGCAAACGGGCGGAAAGGUGUGUGGUAGCAACGACAAGACGUACCAUUCUUGGUGUCAGAUGUUCAUGGACGCGUGUGCCACGGGUGUAGUGAUCGAGACCAAGGCGUCAGGACCAUGCCCAGACGGCAAAAUUGAAUUAUUCAACAGCAAUUGAAAUUACAUCAACGCGUCCAACGUACAUAUAUAGAAAUAUUAUAAAUACUAGUGUUUCUACAACUUAAAUUAGGUUAUUGAAUAGAUGUAAGUUAACUUAACAAAUAUUUAUAGUUUAUGUGAUGCCAAUGGUGUGUCAAAACUCAAAUUAAGUUAUUUAGAUAAUAUACAAGACACAAAUGUUUAUUAUUAUUUUGUUUUUUAUUAUUGUUCGAUAAUUAAAUGGACUGUAUUAUUACUAUAAACUUGUAAGUGUUUUAUUGUAUUAUGUUUUUCAACUUUUUACGUUUAUUAUCAACCAUGAUUAGGAGAGCAAAACAAAAUAAAUAACGUUUAGAAAAGAAUAUGAGAAAU